CAUAAGAAAAAUGUUGGGCUUGAGCUCAACGGCACAAGCAACAAACACACCUAUAAAGCAGCCGAAACUGUUUCAAUUUCUUCAUAGAGCUCAAACGUGAGAGAGAGCAGAGGAGUUUCUUGCGUCCAUGUUUCAAUUUCUUCCUCAGGUUAACCUUAAUUAAUUAUUAAUGGAUGGAAGUGAGAGAAUUAAAUCACUUAAGAAGUUCAGUUGCUCCAAUUCAGACUCUAAGUCGCAUGAUCAUGAUCAUGAUCAUGAUCAUGAUCAUGAUCAUGAUCAUGCGAAGAAGAAUAUGAAUCAAAGCUCAUAUUGUACCGAAAGUUGUAACGUGGUUUCGGAGCCGCUUCUCCCUCAAGACUUGAUUUUUGAUAUCCUUACUUUUGUUUCUGCAAAUUGCUUGAUUAACUCUGCAAGGUAUGUUUGUAAGACUUGGGCUGCUAUUAUUACCAGCUUCGGUUAUUCUAAAGCCCACGAACGACGUGCACGUUCUAAAUACGGUCUUUACAUUGAAAGUUUCAUGUCAGAGUUUGGUUCCUAUUCUUUGGAAUUUAUAGAUGAUUUGGAUGGCGAGUUUGAAAGGACUGAAUUGAGAAUACCUCGAAGAAUGGGAAAGAUAUUAUGUAGUUGUGAUGGCAUUUUACUACUUUCACAUCAUUGUUUUAGACAUGUCUUUGUAGUGAACCCCAUUCUCAAGUGCUGGCUUAGAAUUCCUCCUUUUCCUAUUUCUAGGCAGCUUACGGAUGCUACGUGUCAAUGCGCUAUAGCACAUGUUCCACGCACUUCCAAAUUCAAGCUGUUUCUUGUGGAUCUUCUCAAAAUUUCGGGUGUUGUUCGGUAUGUUUUCUAUGUAUUAAGAAUUGGAAUAGAUAACUCAUGGAAAGAGAUUGCUAGAAGAGAACCUCCCCCUGGUUGGGUUAGUUAUUUAGAACCAAUUUAUAGUGGAGGUAACAAUCUUUAUUGGAGAACAAUUGAUGAGAUAAUUGUGAUGGAUGUUGACAGGGAAAUUAUUGUACGAGAAUAUCCACUUCCCCCUGACUCGUUGCUUGGUGAUUGGCUUCCAAAAUAUUUAUGGACGGGAAAUCGUCUUUCUUGUAUUUCCCCUCAAGGGAAAUGUUUUUCUACAUUAUAUAAAGUUUUUAUUUUGGAUUUUGACUCAGGAGAAUGGUUUCUUUAUCAUGAGAUAGGACCUUUUGAUUAUGUGGCUGCUUAUGGUCAUGAGCUUCAUGUUUUGUUUGAGAUAUUUCGUUUCUGGAUCAAUGAUCAAAUUAUCUUUGAAGCAAACCCAGAAGAAAACAGUCCUGACCGCCAGGAAAACUUUUAUUUUGGUUACAAUGUCAAAACAAGAAAAUUGACAAAGAUUGAGGGCAUUGACGAUGGAAAUUUUAAGGUAUGGCUUCACAGUAGCAGUCUAGUUUCAUUGCCAUACUCCUAGUGAUGUUUGGUGGGGUUGUCUUAAUUUAUUUAUUAAUCAAAGUUAGAUUUUGGAAACUCGCUCGAUUGAUUCGUUUUUGCUUAUGUUUUGUUUUGACAAAGGCGUGUUUGCUUAGUUAGUUAGGCUUUUCUUAAUUCUUAUCUCCGAAUAACAAACAUAUAAUUGAAAAUGUGACA